GCAAUGAGCGAGGAAGCAAACAUCACAAGGCCUUCAAAAAGGCUUUGAGAAAAACAAAGAGGCCUCAAAUAGCUGUGGACGUUUAACCCCGGCACAAUGGCGUCCCUCGGCAUGCACAUGCUGGCGAGCGCUUUGGCUUUAAUGGGAUGGACCGCAGCCCUCCUGUGCUGCAUCCUGCCAAUGUGGCGAGUGACAGCCUUCAUCGGAACCACCAUCGUCACCUCAGAGAUCAUGUGGGAAGGCAUCUGGAUGAACUGCGUGGUACAGAGCACAGGUCAAAUCCAGUGCAAGCCGUAUGAAUCGACACUCGCUCUAGAUGUGAAUCUGCAGGCCUCUCGGGCCCUCAUGGUUAUGUCCGUCAUUGUUGGAGCUGUGGGCCUCAUUUUGACCUUCAUUGGAGGAAAGUGCACCAUUUUUCUGAUCAGAUCCGAAAGAUCCAAAAUGAAGAUUGUCACAGCGGCAGGUGCCAUUUUAAUCAUUGCAGGAAUUCUCUGCUUGAUCCCACCCUCAUGGUCGGCUGGCAUGGUGGUAAAGGCGUUUUACAAUCCACAGUUAGCGGAUCCACAGCGCAGAGAGCUUGGAGGGGCCAUUUAUCUUGGUUGGGGGGGAGCCAUUGUCCUCAUAUUGAGUGGAGGAAUUCUUUGCACCUCCAAAUGUAAAGACAAACCAGAGGAUGACCGUGGUCCUUCGGUGAAGUAUCUGGUUGUGCGAUCUUCGCAGGCAGGAUCCAGCAGGCCGGGCUCUCAAAGGAUGCAUCCAAUCUCUGUGAGGUCACUUCAGAGUGGUGCCCCAUCUGUGAGGUCCCAGUGGAGUCAGAAAGCCCCUUUUAUUCAGGGCAGACCUCAGUCAGUAGGCUCCAACCAGAGCAGGCCAACACCUACAAAGUCGCAGCUUGCCAGUUCUGAAUCAAUGCUAGUGUCUGAGCAGGACGAGGGGAUGUCAACAAAGUCCCAGCUGUUUCAUGAUGGCUUCAUACACUGACCAACUCAACAAGAGAGAUGCUCCAUUGACAUGCUUUUGAUUGUGGAGACUGCAAAAAGUAUGCAGAUCAAGAGACUUGCACUUGGACAGUCAUAUAUCUGCCAUUGCACUAUUAAUUACUGCUAUUAUUGAUAAAAUGAAGGAUUCUAAUGAAGGCUGAAAUUAUUGCUUGUCAAUUAUUAGGCAUUUUUGAAGAAGUGGAGGCACUUUAAGAGGUCCUUGAGGUAUAAGGAAACUGACUGAGGUAAUUUGCACUGAACUACACUCAAACCUCAGGAGCCAAGAUUAUCGUUGUUGCUAUUAUAGUUCAUUUCUAAAAGUAUGUAUGUGUGUACACCUACUCGAAGUAAUUCAUAUUCUUCAUUGUGUGUCUUAUAUAAGCCUCAUGUUACCUACAAAAUUCAAUGGACAAUGUGGCCAUCAGUAAGCUACUUACAAAAGCUUGUUCUUAUAUGUAACAUAAAAAGCUGAUGCCUCUUCAACAAGCAUACAGAAUUUUUUUGUUUCAUUCAAAUCUCAUGUUUUGCUUCCUGUUAGGAAACUAGAAUGAACACAUUUCUGAUGUAUGAAGCACUGCUAUGACCUUGCCGACAUUGGUGGUCUUUCAUAGUUGGACAAUGGUUUGGUUCAGAUUUUACAAGGGAGGGAAAAGUACACUCUCUUCUUUGUUAGCCUUUCUUCUACGUCAAUUCGAGCCCUCAGUGAAACGGCAGAUCCAGGCAAAACCGGUUCAACAGAGAGUAUCACCUCGUAAUAGCGCUUUGCAUUUUGUCAGUACAAAGAGCAUUUAAAAAGAGUUCAAUGGAGUGUGCUGUAAUGAGGCUACUUGUUUAGACAAAAGUUAGCAAUAUUCAACAGUUUCGUUUAAAAUAAAUUGAUUAGCUACAAAAGUUUAUAAAGUAUAAAUACAACACUUCCUGAAUACUUUUAUGCCAUUAUAAUGUCUGUUUAAUGAAAACACUGUGAUGCUGCAUGUUUCCGGAAAUGCAAGCUAAUAAAUUAUUUUUAAACUGUG